AUGAACGAAACAUUUUUCAGUAAAAAUGAAAAUAAGUUGACGAGAGAUUACCAUAAACCUGAAACAGAUCUUGGCCAUAGUCACACGAGCAGCGUGGGAGAAUUGCCGGAUGUAGCAAAGAAAGAUGAAAAUGGGGAAAGCAAAAAUGGGGAAAAUAUAAAUAGGGAAAAUCAAAAUGGGGAAAAUAUAAAUAGGGAAAAUCAAAAUGGGGAAAAUAUAAAUAGGGAAAAUCAAAAUGGGGAAAAUAUAAAUAGGGAAAAUCAAAAUGGGGAAAAUCAAAAUGGGGAAAACAUAAAUAGGGAAAAUCAAAAUGGGGAAAACAUAAAUAGGGAAAAUCAAAAUGGGGAAAACAUAAAUAGGGAGAUCGAAAAUAACGAUGAUGAAAAUUAUAGCAUUUUAAACAUGUUAAAUGAAAUUAAAAAGGACCUGUUAACGGAAAGUGAAAAAUUAAAACAAGAGAUAAACCAAAAUGCAAACAUAAAAAGUAACAAUGGAAACAAGUCCGACAGCCUUGAAACCCCAAAUAUCAACUUAAAUAAUUGUGAUAAAAAUGGGAGUAACCAAAAUAACCAGAGUGAAGCAAAUAAUUCUACCAAUGUCAACCAUACAAAUGAAAUAAAAGACGUAAAUAAUGAAAACUGCGAAACAUUGAAGAAGAAAGAAAAGAAUGGUGAUGAAGUAACACCAUCCAAUGUUAAAAAUGAAACAAAAGAAGAAGGAGAAAAAGAGGAAGAAUUAAAUGAAGGAAGGAAUUUGAAAGAUGGUCUUUUGAAAAAGCAGAUAACCCCACUAGAUGUGAAAAUUAAUAAUCAAAAUUUUAUACAAAAUGAACAAAGUCAGACAAAUAUUAACAGUAAAAGGGGCAUAGGAAGGCCAUCUAAAAAACAGAAAAUUUUUCCUAAGGACAUGAUAAGUAAUAAAACUUUAAGUGGUGAACCCAGAAAAAAGAGGAAAACUAAAAAUUCUACAAAUCUUACGAGUCCAAUAAAUUACGGAAAUGUUACAAAUCCAGUAAAUGCUACAAAUGUUGUAAAUGUUGUAAAUGUUGCAAAUUCUGCCAAUUUUAGCAGAACACAAAGCUCAAUUAUAGAUCAAGAAAUCGAAUACCUACACAAAUUCGAAUUUAUUAAACACAAUUUCCUCAAAGGGAUCGAAAAAAAUAAAUCAAAGGAGAAAAGUGAGAACAUUAAUAUAGACAUUUCUUAUUCAAGCAAAAGUGAAAAAUCACUGGAUGAAAGUGAAGGAGAAAGUUCAAUAGAAUCAGUGGAAGAAUUCUAUGAAAAUAUUUGUCAGGCAGAUAUGCCUCUGGAUUUUUAUAAAAAUCCAUUAAGUUCCAAAUCUCAGGUAAAUGAAGUGUACCCAGAAUAUUUUCUAAACACAGAAAAUAGCGUCACGGAGGAAAUUCAAAUUCUUAACAGUUAUAUUAAAGAUAUAACAGAAAAUCAACAAAAUACUUCUUCAUCAAUAGAUAUUGAUAAUAAAUUACUCAAUAUUCUUUCCUUAUCAUUUUUAACUUUCAUUGAUCAUGUAAUUUAUGACUCCCAUAUUUAUGCUUUAAAAAAUAAAUUUACUCAAGACAAAAAAGAAACACAAAAGAAAAAAAAAGUUAUCAAUUCAUGCAAUUCUCACAUGAAUGAAAUUUCCCAAGAUAAUAAAAUGACCCAAGAAAACGAAGAUAGGAAAAAAGAAACUGAUAUAAGUAAUACUCCCAGAGAUGAUAAUCAACAAAAUGGCUUUGAUACAAAAUCUGAAAUGUACUCUGAAAAGGUACAUACGACGCGUGAGAAUAACGAGAAAGAUGAUAAAAUUAAAGGAUGUUAUAAAUUUGACGAAUCGGAGAAUUCUGAAAAAAUUGAUGGAAGGGUAAGUCUUCAAAAGGAAUCCCUCCAAAAAGAAGGGCUCCAAAGGGAUGACGAAAAUGGGGAUACGGAACAUGACCUGGAAAAGUGCAACAGACUUAUUUAUACCCCAGAUAUAAUUAACUUGUGUCUGACAAAUUUAUAUAACCAAGAUCUUGUAAACAAAAUUAUAAAUGAAAAAAAGAACGAAGAAAAUGCAAGCCAAAUAUAUACAGAUGUUGCGAGAUCUAGAGAAAAUAACUCCACUGCAGGUGCUGGCAACUUUUCCACAUUAGUGGAGGACUCUCAACGUAGCAAUAAAUUAAUUCAGAAUAAUACCACAGGGGGUACUGAACAAUCUGGAAAAUCGGAAAAUAUAGAUUUAAAAGAAAAUUUGAAUGAAAAAAAUUCCAAAAGCGGAGGAGAACUCCUUAAAAAUAAGGAGUCUUUACAAACAAAUAUAAAUCAUAAAUUAAACCAGCGACAAAUUAUAAUCAACAAAAUAAAUGAAAAAAUUAAAAAAAAAUACAUGAACAAUUUGCAAAGUUUUAUGAACGUUAAGAAAUAUUCUUUGGAUGAUUUGUUCGAGCUUUAA